UUCCUCAUUUCACAUCCCUCAAAACCAUUUCGAAAUCAAAUCUAGUUUGAGAGAGAGACACACAGACGACACCAAGCUUCUUUCAAUCUCCUCGCCGCAGAUCAAACUCUCCUAUUCCUCGGAUAAACCUCUCCUUCUGCGGCGGCGAUAUAAAAAGAACAAAACCUCCCAAACAACAAGAAAAGUUUCAACCUUUUAUUGUCUGUUCCAUCUCUCUCUCUUUCACAUAUUUCGAUAAACAUGGCUCGUUCCCUCUCUAGCGUUAAGUUCGUAUCCGCUUUCGUCUCUCAAGAACUCUCCAAUGCAAUCUUCCGACGUGGUUUUGCUGCCACGACGGCGCAACCGAGCGGUGGAAAAGGUGGAGCCGUUGUUUCGGCGGUGAUGAAGAAGGGAAUGGAAGAAUCGAACCAGAAGCUUUCUGCUUGGAUUCCAGACCCCAAAACCGGCUAUUACAGACCGGAAACCGGUUCCAACGAGAUUGAUCCAGCUGAGCUACGAGCAGCUCUCUUGAACAAAAAGCAGUGAUUGAUUAAUUGAGUAAAGAAGUCUGCUUCUUCUUUUUUUUUGAUUAAUUAUUGUAAUGUUAAUUUAAUGUCUUGAGACGAGAUCAGGGGAAGAGGGUUAUGAUCUUGUGCGGUGAACCCUGUUUUACGUGCGAUUCUGUAAUAAACCAAUAGAGAAACCUUCUUGGUUGCUCUAUUUUGUAACAAAAAGGAUCGUUGGAUAUGAUGUAUAAUGUAUUAUCCAUUAAUAUAGUUUUCUAAAAUCACUUA